AGGGGCAGCUUCGACUCGGAGCCGGGGACAGACGAAAUAAUAAGCAGCAGCGACGGCGGGGAUCGACAUCGUGGCAGCAAAAGGACAUCUGGCCGUCAUUUAAAGGGAAAGUGCAUCUCUUUGUGGAGGAAAAGUAAAGUGAGAAACCUCCAUGGAAGACACUCAGGAUUUAAAUGAACAGUCAGUGAAGAAAACGUGCACAGAUACGGAUGUUUCGGAACCACAGAAUUCCAGAUCUAUGGAAAUGCAGGAUCUAGCAAGUCCUCAUAAUCUUGUGGGAAGCAGUGAAACACCGAGUAAUUCUAAACUGGACAAAUCUAAUCUUAGCAGCACAUCUGUUACAACAAAUGGAACUGGCGGAGACAACAUGACUGUUUUAAACACUGCAGACUGGUUGCUGAGUUGCAGCACUCCCUCUUCUGCAACAAUGUCUCUUCUUGCAGUGAAAACAGAGCCUAUGAACAACAAUGAAACAACAACAACAAGUGGAGAUGGAUCUCUUGACACAUUUACUGGGUCAGUAAUAACGAGUAGUGGCUACAGCCCAAGAUCAGCGCAUCAGUACUCACCGCAGCUAUAUCCCUCCAAGCCCUAUCCACACAUCCUUUCUACUCCGGCAGCUCAAACAAUGUCUGCCUAUGCCGGUCAGACUCAGUAUUCGGGAAUGCAGCAGCCAACAGUGUACACAGCCUAUUCACAGACUGGGCAACCUUACAGUUUGCCUACUUACGAUUUGGGUGUAAUGUUGCCAGGCAUCAAGACAGAAAGUGGACUUUCACAAGCACAAUCACCAUUGCAGACCGGGUGCCUUAGUUACAGCCCAGGGUUCUCCACACCACAGCCAGGCCAAACACCAUAUUCUUACCAAAUGCCAGGUUCUAGUUUUACACCAUCGUCUACUAUUUAUGCAAACAGUUCAAAUUCUACAAACUUCAGUAGUUCACAGCAGGAUUAUCCAUCUUAUACAGCUUUUGGCCAAAACCAAUAUCCACAGUAUUACUCAGCGUCAACAUAUGGAGCGUAUAUGACCUCAAAUAGCACUGCAGAUGGUACCUCUUCUUCAUCAUCAACUUACCAGCUUCAGGAAUCUCUGCCUGGGCUGACUAGUCAACCAGGUACCGAUCUUCAUUCAGGAGAGUUUGACACUGUGCAAAGCCCCUCAACACCAAUCAAAGAUCUUGAUGAAAGAACAUGUAGAAGUUCUGGGUCAAAAUCAAGGGGCAGAGGGCGGAAAAAUAACCCAUCACCUCCUCCUGAUAGUGACUUGGAGCGUGUAUUCGUUUGGGAUUUGGAUGAAACAAUCAUUGUUUUCCAUUCACUUCUUACAGGAUCUUAUGCUCAAAAAUAUGGGAAGGAUCCACCUGUGGCAGUGACUCUUGGACUACGGAUGGAAGAAAUGAUUUUUAAUCUUGCUGAUACACAUUUAUUUUUUAAUGACUUGGAGGAAUGUGAUCAAGUACAUAUAGAUGAUGUUUCGUCAGAUGACAAUGGACAAGACCUAAGUACCUACAGUUUUGCAACUGAUGGCUUCCAUGCAGCUGCAAGUAGUGCAAACCUUUGUCUGCCAACAGGUGUAAGAGGAGGAGUAGACUGGAUGAGGAAGCUGGCAUUCCGUUACAGAAGAGUGAAAGAAUUGUAUAAUACUUACAAGAACAAUGUAGGAGGACUUCUUGGCCCUACAAAAAGAGAUGCAUGGCUACAGUUAAGAGCAGAGAUUGAAGCCCUCACUGACUCCUGGCUGACAAAUGCACUUAAAUCAUUAUCAAUUAUCAGCACACGGAGUAACUGUGUAAAUGUCUUAGUAACAACAACCCAGCUUAUACCAGCUCUUGCAAAAGUCCUGCUGUAUAGUCUAGGAGGAUGUUUUCCUAUUGAAAAUAUUUAUAGUGCAACCAAAAUAGGAAAAGAAAGUUGCUUUGAACGAAUAAUGCAAAGGUUUGGCAGAAAAGUAGUGUAUGUUGUAAUUGGGGAUGGUGUAGAAGAAGAACAGGCAGCAAAAAAGCACAAUAUGCCUUUCUGGAGGAUAUCUAGUCACUCGGACCUGCUGGCUCUUCACCAAGCGCUGGAAUUAGAGUAUUUGUAACUGUGUCACAUAACUGACAACUAUUUUUAUAUUUCAAAGUACACUGAAUUUUUUAUGUGUGAUCCAAUGCCUCUGGCUUUACACAUAUGUAUGGUCUUAAGAAGGAAAAGAAAUAUUUGGAACAAAAAUUCCAAAAUGAAGAAUCCAGAUCACUGAAUGGAAUUACAACAUUAAUUCUACACAAGGAUGCUUUAUAUGGUCUUAUGUAAGCAAUGUUUCUGGUGAUUAAAAAACUAUGAAAGGAGGUUGCUGGUACACACCGAACGAGCCCUAGCCAGAGUGAACAGCUUUUGCAAUGGACUCAAAGUGGGAAAGCAAUUAUAUGCAUUUUCUGAUCAACAAGGGUGGUAUUCAAAACAUUCCUCACUAUGGGAUAUAUUCUCAGCACUGAGGUUUGAAUCAAACUUUAGUCUACCUAACCCAGAAAAUUUGAAUUGGAAUGCACUCAGACUGUACAAUGACAAUCCAGUCUAGAUCUGUAAUAUGUGUAAAUUAUUGAUGAAAAUAAUUUACUGUGACUUUAAUUAGCAGCUGACUUUGAAAGUGGAUGCAAUUUGUUUAAUUAUGGGGGUGUGUGGGAUUGGAGGGUAUAUAGUAAUUAUUGUCUCUUUUAUACAUUUGGCAAACAGAACGUGCAUAAUGAUGUGUUGUGCCUUAAAAGAAAAUAUCUUGUUUGUGUGUUACAAUGUAACAUUGGUUUAAAGCAAUGUAGACAAAAUAAAUCUUUGUGAUAGUUUUUAACAUGACCAAAUUUCAAAUUCAAACAAUCAAAAAGUAGUGCUUGCAUCCAUAGCACUUAAAUAUUUGUCACAGUAAGACAAAA